UCUAACACAGUGUCUGUAAAACUGAGAAAGAUGAAGAGCUGUUUGACCCUCUUUUUUAUGAGCACGAUCAUCACACUAUCCACUGCUGGCAGUGUAAGGCUGGUCGGUGGCAGCAGACCUUGUAAUGGGAGAGUGGAGGUUUUUCAUGAUGGUCAGUGGGGAACGGUGUGUGAUGAUGGAUGGAAUAUGGAUGCUGCAACAGUGGUGUGCAAAGAGCUGGGCUGUGGCAAACCGGUACGUGCGAUUGGCCUCGCUCACUUUGGACAAGGAUCAGGGCAAAUCUGGUUGGAUGAGGUGAAGUGUAAUAGAUCAGAGUCUACACUGAAGAACUGUGGAUCAUCCGGAUGGGGUGUUGGCAACUGUAAACAUAGUGAAGAUGCUGGAAUUAUUUGUUCAGACCGCAUUCCCAGACUUGUAAAUGGAUCCCACCUGUGCUCUGGGAGAUUAGAGAUACUUCAACUGAAGACGUGGGGUACAGUGUGUGAUGCUGCGUUUGAUGAUCAGGAUGCAGAGGUUGUGUGUAGAGAGCUGAACUGUGGGGUUCCUGUACAGCUGCUGGGAGCAGAUGCUUUUGGUAAAGGAGAGGGACCCGUGUGGACACAAGACAUUCAGUGUAGAGGAAACGAAUCAUACUUUGUGUUCUGCCCAACGUCCUCCUUACCUAAAAAAUGCUCCCAUGACAAUGAUGUGGGAAUUAUAUGCUCUGGUUACUCACAGGUUACACUGGUAAAUGGUUCAGACUCCUGUUCUGGUCGAGUUGAGCUUCAGUAUUUCACAGAGUGGGGCACAGUGUGUGAUGGGUGCAUGAAUAUGAGAGCUGCCAGUGUUGUCUGCAGACAGAUGAAUUGUGGGAUUGCUGUGUCUGUUGUGGGAGUGGACUGGUUUGGAGAGGGAUCUGGUGAAAUCUGGGCUGAUGUGUUUGAAUGUCAGGGGAAUGAAACACAACUCUCACAAUGUUCAAUCUCUUCAUGGAGUCGAGCUGAAUACUCUCAUGAACAAGAUGUUGGAGUCAUUUGUUCUAAUUCCUCUCUGGCUCUUCAUGAUGGUGGAGUGAGGUUGUCUGGAGAGAGAGAAUGUGAGGGGGAGCUGGAAGUUUACAUUGAUCAGGUCUGGAGGAGAGUUCUGCUGGACUCAUGGAGUGUCACUGAAUCCUCUGUGGUCUGCAGACAGCUGGGCUGUGGCUCUGUGCUGAACUUCUCUGGCUCCUCUUCAUCCAGCGCUGAACACAGUCAUGAGUGUGUGAUGAGCUUCAAGUGCUCUGGGACUGAACAUCAUCUGAGGAACUGCAGCAGCUCUCCACAAACUCUCAACUGCAGCUCCACACAACACCUGUCAAUCACCUGCCUUGAUCACAGGUCCAUCAGGUUGGUGGGUUCUGGUGGAGAUUGUGCAGGGAGGCUGGAGGUUUUUCACAAAGGCUCAUGGGGGACAGUGUGUGAUGACUCCUGGGAUGUUAAAGAUGCUCAUGUGGUGUGCAGACAGCUGCAGUGUGGAGUGGCUCUCAGUGAUCAGCCAGUACCAGCCUGGUUUGGUCCUGGUUCUGGACCCAUAUGGCUGGAUGAUGUGAACUGUGAGGGGAAUGAGACGUCUCUGUGGAACUGCUCUUCACGGGUCUGGGGAGAUCAUGACUGUAACCACAAGGAGGAUGUAGGAGUCGUGUGCUCAGAGUUUAAAGAGAUCAGGUUAAGUGAAGGCUGUGAAGGGAAUGUGGAGGUUUUCUACAAUGGAUCCUGGGGUAAUGUUUGUAUAAAUCAGAUGGACAGAGACACAGCGAGUCUGAUCUGUCAAGAGCUGAACUGUGGAAGAUCUGCCAGUGAACCCAGUUAUUCAGUGGGACUAAUGCCAACUACAAAUUGGUUGGAUUAUUUAAAAUGUCGAAAACAUGACAAUACAUUGUGGCAAUGCCCAUCUUUACCAUGGGGUCUGAAUAACUGUUAUUAUAACGAGGUGGCCAGAAUCACUUGCUUUGAGGAAAAAAGUGAUUUGUCUCCACGGAGUCAUCUGACCUCUUCUACAUCCCACCAGAGACAAUGUUCAAAUCAGUUUUCUCUCAGACUGAGUGGAGGUAAAGGCAGGUGUUCUGGGAGGCUGGAGGUGUAUCAUAACUCUGAGUGGGGUUCAGUCUGUGAUGAUCUGUGGGACAUCAGAGAUGCUCAGGUGGUCUGCAGGCAGCUGGGUUGUGGAGCAGCAUUGAGUGCUGAUGGGAAUGAAGCGUUUGGUGCUGGUGAAGGUGUUGUGUGGCUGAACAGAGUCGAGUGCAGAGGGACAGAGAUUCACCCGUGGGACUGUCCUCACGUCCUGAAUAACCACACUGACUGCUCACACAAAGAACAUGUUAGACUCACCUGUGCAGAUUUGUCUGUGUCCACAACUUCUGCCACAACAACAACAGCUUCUCCUUCAGUUUCUCAGACUAGCAGGAGAGCAGUGCCAUCAACAUCAGUGACUCAAGCACAAACUCCUCCAGCAGCGUCUCUCUUCAUUCCUCCAGUGGUUGUGAUUGUUCUGGGAGUUUUGCUCUUACUGCUCUUAGUGCCGCUGCUGAUACUGAUUCAACACAACAGAGUGAUGAGGAGAGCACUCACAGAUCUCUCUAAGAGCAGACACGGGACUGAGGGAAUUUAUGAAGAGAUUAAUUACAGACACACUCACUUUACUCAGAGAGGUGACUCAGACAUUAAGGUCAAACAGGCUACACCAGAUGACUAUGAUGUCAUCACUAAUGGACUUGAGUACGAGUCAGCUGACGCCUAUGAUGAUGGGAAACCAAUGAGAGCAGAGGAAACACUGGGGAAUUAUGAUGAUGCCAUCACUUGUGGACAAAGUAUCAGUGCUGUAAGAGUGUUUGCGGAAGCUGAGACAGUUACAGAAGUGGAGAAUAUGGAUGUCAACCUUAUCUUCCAAUGCGAGUCUUGGCUCCUGGAUAUUAAUUGUGUCAAGAUACUUUUGCCUGGUAACCUUUAAAUGGCAAAACCAUAAAUAUUUACAUCCAUGCCUUCAUAUUUGAAAUGCCUCAUGAAUGGAAACUCGCGCUCGCAUUGCUGCUGAAUUGCACCGGUUGCUGUCCAUGGUGCUGAAGACGACCAUAAACUCCAAUUAGACUAGUUAUUGUCACGGUUUACAUCUGUCUCUCCCCGUGUUUCUCCAUGGACUUCAUUUCCCACGAUCCUCCACGCUCCCGCACCUGUCAGCGAUCCCCUCAUCAUCGGACUAGAUAUAUACCCCCUGUGCCUUAGUUCUUUGUCCUGUCUCGUCAAUGUUAUACUCCUUGUUUUGUAUCACCCGUGUUUACAAGAACAUUAAUGCUGUUUGUUUGUUUGUACCUCCUCUAAUGUGGUCCGUGGUGAGUUACGUGACAGAUAUGUUUUCCAGGAAUCUUAAAAAAAACAUAUGUAUAAAUGAAGGAGAUCAGUAACUAUAUCUGUCACAGAGGUAAAAAUUGACAUAAUAAAACAAAUAAACUUAAUGUGUCUCAUUUACUGUAAAUGUAAAUUAACGCAUUAUUGGUUUAACACUGCACAAUCUGC